GCUGUGUCUGCAGGGGGCCAUGGAGGAGCAGCGCCAGGAGGGUCCCGGAGGAGGGGGCAGCCGUGGGGACCACCACGAUGGCGCCUGUGGUGGCCACCGAGAUGGUGGCCAUGGGGACAACCAAGAUGGCAGCCAUAGGGACAACCAAGAUGGCAGCCACCACCAAGGUGUCAGUCACAAGGACAACCAAGAUGGCGGCCAUGGGGACAACCAAGAUGGCAGCCGCCAAGAUGUUGGUCACAGGGACAACCAAGAUGGCGGCCAUGGGGACAACCAAGAUGGCAGCCACGGUGGUCACCAAGAGGUUGGUCGCAGGGACAACCAAGAUGGCGGCCAUGGGGACAACCAAGAUGGUGGCUACCAAGAGGACCCCAAUGUCACCCAUGGCAGCCCCCAAAAGGACAACCAUGGUGGCCACCAAGACGGUCACCACGAUGGCAACAAACAAGAUGGUGGCCACCAAGACGUCAGCCAUGGCCGCCAUGUCACCCAUGGGUGCCACCAGGAGGACACCUAUGGGGACAACGCGGUGCCACCGCCCUACAAGAAGCCACGGCACUGCCACCGCUGUCCCACCGCCAUGUCACCGGGUGUCACCGCCGCCAGGUCCCGCUGCAGGUCCUCCAAUGUCACCUCCACUGUCGGUGUCACCCCAACCAUCGGUGUCACCUCCGCCAAUGUCACCUCCAUCAGUGUCACCCCAACGCUUGGUGUCACUUCCAUCGGUGUCACCUCGACCGAUGUCACCUCCACCGAUGCCACUUCCACCAUCGGUGUCAACUCCACCAGCGUCACCUCAACCAGUGUCACUUCCACUGGCGUCUCCCCAGCCACCGGUGUCACCUCCGCCGAUGUCACCUCCACCAGGUCCAGAGGUUCCACCAUCACCACGUCCAUCUCUGAUGCCACCGGAGCAGCUGUCACCUCCAGAACACCCAAAACUGUCACCAUCACCAGGUCCAGAGAUACCACCAACACCACCCGGUCCCAAAGUGUCACCGUCACCCGGUCCCGAGGUGCCACCACCACCAGGGCUGCGUCCAAAGCCACCAGAGAUGCCACCACCAUGAUGGACACCUCUGAAACCUCCGUCGGCGUGGUGACAACCACCGGAGGUACCACGGUUGUGAUGGAUACCUCCAAAAGCACCGUCGGUGCUGUCGUGGCCACCAGAGGUGCCACCACCAGAAGUGCCACCACCAGAGCUGCCACCACCAGAGGUGCCAUCGGCCUGACGACAACCAGCAGAGGUACGACCACCAAAGGUACAACCAGCAGAGGUACCGCCAGAGACGUCACCAAAGGUAUCACCACCAGAUCUACCACCGCCACCAGAUCUACAGCCGCCAGAGGUGCCACCACCAGAGCUACAACCAUGAGAGACAUCAGGCGGGUGACAACCACCAGAGGUACAGCCGGCGGUGCCAUCAGAGAUGCCACCAGAGAUGUCAUUGGAGGUGCCGCAGGGUGUACUGCCGGAGAUACCAUCAGAAGAACCAUCGGGGAUACCGUCAGAGGUACCCCUGGAGAUACCAUCGGAGGAACCGUCGGAGGAACCACCGGAGCCUCACCUGACGGCACAACUGGCGGCGAUACCACCGGAGAGUCAACUGGAGACGGUGCCACCACCACCAUCACCACCAACAGAGCCUGCGGUGACCCCAAGCCCCCCUCAGAAACCACCACCACCACCAACAGCGCCCAUCGGGGACCCCAAACCCCCCCCAGACCCCCCCACCACCACCCAUGAUGACCUCAGACCUCCCCCAAACCCCCACCACC